AUGGUGCCCAAUGAAGCCCACCAGUACAUGGGCAUUAUCAGUUUGCUUAAGCAUUUUGGAUGGAUGUGGGUUGGACUUUUUGCUCUGAAUGAUAACAGUGGAGAAAAUUUCAUCAAGAAAUUCCAGCCGUUGCUUUCUCAAAAUGGAAUUUGUUCAGCCUUUGCACAAAGAAUCCCAAAACAAGUCUAUCUUGAUGACUUGGAUGAAAUGCAUGAUGUAGCCUUAAAUAUGCAUGUACCAUUCUCAGAUAAUAAGGUCACUACAUUUAUUGUCUAUGGAGAAUCCCUAACAAUUAUUGCACUGAGAGCUGUUAUAUUUCUGCAAGAGCCUACAAAUAAAGAAAACACAUCAUUUAAAAAGGUUUGGAUUUUUACAGCACAGACUGAUUUCAUAUCUAUGGGUCUUCUUAAGGUUUGGAAUGUUCUGCUCUUCCAAGGUGCCAUUUCCUUCACAAUUCAUUCGCAAAAUCUUCUAGCAUUCCCAGAAUUUCUUCAGAGCAUAAAGCCUUCCCGGAGCCAGGGAGAUGGUUUCAUCAAAGGCUUCUGGGAGCAAGCAUUUGACUGUAUUCUUCCCAAUUUCAAUGCGCCAAUGGAGGUCAAUGGUAUGUGUUCUGGAGAGGAGAGGUUGCAGAAUCUUCCAAGCUCUCUAUUUGAAAUGGGCAUGACUGGUCACAGCUACAGUAUCUAUAAUGGUGUCUACACUGUGGCUCAUGCCUUGCAUAAUAUUUACUCACCUAAAUCCAAGCAAACAGCAAUGGGGAGAAGUAAAAGAUUACUUCAUGAUCUACAGCCUUGGCAGCUCCAUUCUUAUCUUCAUAGUAUUUCAUUUAACAACUCAGCUGGAGAAACAGUGACUUUUACUGAUCAAAGAGAAAUGGGAGGUGGAUUUGACAUCAUGAAUAUGGUCAUGUUCCUGAACAGGUCCUUCAUUCGAGUGCAAGUUGGAUGGAUUGAUCCUGAUGCAAUAGAUGGAAGAGAAUUCAUCCUUUUUGAGGACAUGAUUCAGUGGCACAAUGGUUUUAAUCAGGUGAUGCCCAUUUCUGUGUGCAAUGACUACUGCCGCCCUGGUAAUCAGAAGAAAAGGAAGGAAGGACAUAAAUUUUGCUGCUAUGAUUGUACUCCAUGUCCAGAAGGGGAGAUUUCAAACCGAAAUGAUAUGGAUGACUGUUUCAGAUGCCCAGAAGAUCAGUAUGCAAAUAAGAACAAGAAUGGCUGCAUACCCAAAUUAAUAACCUUUCUUUCUUAUGAGGAACCUUUAGGUAUCAGCUUAAUGGCAGUUGCAAUUGCUUUCUCCCUGAUCACGAUUUUGGUGCUAGGAACCUUUAUCCAACACAAAGACACUCCCAUAGUCAAAGCCAACAACAGGGAUCUCACCUACGCUCUCCUCAUUGCCCUUCUACUCUGCUUCCUCUCUUCUCUUCUAUUCAUUGGACACCCUGGCAAAGUGACUUGCCUUCUUCGACAACCCACUUUUGGCAUCGUCUUCUCUGUGGCUGUUUCUUGUGUGUUGGCCAAAACCAUCACUGUAGUUGCAGCUUUCAUGGCCACCAAGCCUGGGUCCAGUAUGAGGAAGUGGGUGGGGAAAAGACUGACCAACACCACUGUUCUUUCCUGCUCCCUCAUUCAAGUGAGCAUUUGUAGUGGCUGGUUGAUGACGUCUCCCCCAUUCCCUGAUCUAGACAUGCACUCGGUAAUGGAAGAAACCAUUGUUCAAUGUAAUGAAGGCUCAGUGACCCUGUUUUAUUGUGUCCUGGGCUACAUGGGCCUCCUGGCCAUUGCCAGCUUCAUAGUGGCAUUUGCAGCUCGCAAACUACCUGACAGUUUUAAUGAAGCCAAAUUCAUUACCUUCAGUAUGUUGCUAUUUUGCAGUGUUUGGCUGUCUUUUGUCCCAACCUACCUGAGCGCCAAAGGGAAAUCCAUGGUGGUGGUGGAGAUCUUCUCCAUCUUGUCCUCCAGUGCUGGAUUGUUGGCCUGCAUCUUUGCCCCUAAAUGCUACAUCAUUGUUCUGAAGCCUGAGCUGAACAAAAGGGAGCAACUAAUAAAGAGAAAGAUGUAA